AAAGGGCGCGCGUCUCGCAUGAAAUAUUUAGUGAGCGUCUUGACAAAUUAUCUGAAUCCGAUAAUAAUGGUUAUCUGUCCGACUUUGCGGCCCUGAUGGACUGUGUUCUUAUGAUAUAAGACACGAUUGUCUGUUAUACUAAUCCAAAAACCUCUAAACUCUCCACACAUGAACUCCACACGUCCUCCUGUACUAGUUGUAGGCGCUGGGCCAGCGGGUUUGGUAGCAGCGUUGACACUCCUCCAGAACGGCAUCCCAGUCCGCAUCGUUGAUAAAGACCCUAACCCUCGCAUCGGACAGCGUGGUCCCGGAAUGCAGCCACGCUCCCUUGAACUCUUCAACUUUCUGAAUGUUCCAGAAGUCCACGACCUGGGGAAGCGUCCCCCUAUAAUCCGUUCGUACAAGCCAGGGACUUUGGAAAUUUUGAGCGAAUCUUCCUUUUCCCCGUAUAUGGAACCUACACCUGCGAUACCAUUCACUUCCAGGGUAAUGGGUCAACAGCUCCUAGAUACGAUUAUGCGACGCCACCUAGACAAGUUCUCUUGUUCUGUCGAAAUGGGCACCGAAAUGUGUUCGUUCGAGCAGACUGAGGAAGGCGUUACCGCUGUACUAGCAAAGGACGGCACAUUAGAAUCUUUCAAUACCAAGUGGAUGAUCGGCGCCGAUGGUGCUAAAGGUGUCGUGCGCAAGCAGCUUGGGCUUACAUUUCUGGGCGAAACUAGAGACGAUACCCGGUUUAUCACUGGAGAUAUUCGUUUGAAGGGUGUUGACAGAGUGUGUUGCCACCGGUUUGGACAUUUCCCAGAACGAGGCAUGUUAUUGCGUCCAACAGACGAAAUCGGCGAGGAUGGCUGGCAAUUUCUCAUCUUUGGUAGUGACCUAGACAUGACAAAGGUCACUCGGAGCGAGGAGCCGAUCUUCGAGAUCAUCGCGUCAGUGAUACCAACAGAGGUUAUAUUCAACAAGCUGGUCUGGGUGAGCGAGUUCAGGGCCAAUAUCCGGAUGGUAAACAAGUUUAGCGAGGGCCGAGUGUUUGUUGCGGGUGAUGCUGCUCACGUCCACAGUCCAACCGGUGGUCAGGGACUCAACUCUGGUGUACAAGAUGCUUUCAAUCUAGGAUGGAAGCUUGCGCUCGUCGAAAAAGGACUCGCCGACAAGUCCCUCCUCGAGACGUAUAAUGCCGAGCGUCUGCCUGUCAUCUCCGAGAUGCUCGAGAUGACCACCUCGCUACUUAACCGAGCAGUAAAGACAGGAGACGUGACCAUCCGACGAAGUCCUAUCGUUUUCAUGCUCGGUAUCAACUGCCGGUUCAGCAGCAUUGUCCUGGAUGAAUAUAUGACUCCAGUUGAGGGAAGACCGAUUAACGCCUACGGGGUGCUUGACGAGGAGCAUCUGGAGGCUGGAGAUAGGGCGCCUGAUGCUCCCAAUAUGCUCCAGGUGGGGCGCGGAGAGUCUCACGUAAAGACGCUCUUUGGUCUGUACAGACCUUGGUACCACACAAUACUCGUGUUCGCACCUAGUCUUGCAGAUUCUUCCCCAAUCUUGGGCGCGCUGGAGGCAUACGACAAAAGUGUUGUUCGAUCGGCAGUCAUUCUUCCUCCAUCAACACAAGUAACGCCUGUUGCAUCCCCUGCUAACCUCGUUCUUGUUGACGAGGAGAACUAUGCUUAUUCGGCUUAUCUUGUGGAAGCUGGCCGUACGAAGGUGUUUGUGAUACGGCCGGACGGAGUGAUUGGAGCAAUUGUACGCGGUGCAGAAGGCAUGAAGAAAUAUUUCUCGGGAAUAUUUUUGGAUGUGUAGUGGUCUGUUCUUUUUUACCUUUGUUAUUAUUUUAUUUUAUUUUAUUUAAUAGGAUAUUUGUAAAUGGGUUAUGGUAGAUAUGUAGGUUUAUUACCCCC